AUGGCGUCGUUUAAACGUGUAUUCAGCAGACAUACCUCGCAAGGAGACUCAAACAAUGCUCGCUCAUCGGGGGAAAGGGCUCUUGUCCGGCGACUGGAUAUGUUCCUAUUGACGUUUGGAUGUAUCUCGCAGGUGAUCAAAUACCUCGACCAACAAAAUAUCAACAACGCCUACGUCUCCGGCAUGAAAGAAGACCUCCAUCUCCACGGCAAUGAACUAAAUUAUUUCACAACAACAUUCAACGUCGCCUACUGCAUCAUGCUCAUCCCGUCGCAAAUAAUCCUAACCUACGUCCGCCCCAGCUUUUGGCUCCCAGGCCUCGAAAUCCUCUGGGGAUUCCUAACUGGUCUAAUGGCAAUGACCACCAGGGCGAAACAAGUCUACGUGUUGCGGGUGUUUCUGGGUCUUUGUGAGAGUAGUGCGUGGCCGGGAAUGAUUACUUUGUUUAUGCACUGGUACACGCCCACCGAACUCGCUAAACGAAUGGGCUUCUAUCACUCCUGCCAAGCAGUGGGGCAGAUGCUCUCUGGCGCGCUGCAGGCGGCUAUUACGAAGACACUGGACAAUCAUGCGGGUCUGGCUGGUUGGAGAUGGUUGUUUGUCAUCAAUGCAAUUAUCACUGUUGUAUGGGGCUUCGCGGGUUUCAUUAUGAUCCCCGAUCUACCGAAUAAACCGAACCCGCGAGCCAUCUGGUUUGACAAGACCAUUGACGCAGAACUAUCCAUGCACAGACUAUCCCGGAACGGCCGCGCAGAGCCAAAGCGUAUGUCUUGGGAUGCUGUUAAGCGCACGUUCUCAGGCUGGGUUGUGUAUUUCAUCACGGUACUGUAUUGUGCGUCUGUCCUAGGAACAUACGGAUACAACUACUUCUCGCUGUUCUUGGAAUGGGUCAAGAGGCCGGAUGGAAGUCGUCGCUGGAGCACAGCACAAGUAAACGCGAUUCCCAUCGCCGGCUCAGCGAUCAACGUCGUCUUCGUCUGGUUCUGGGCGCUUUUAUCUGACCUCCUCCGCACACGCUGGACACUUAUCAUAACACAAUGCCUAGUCGCCCUCAUCCCCUGCAUAAUAAUGUCCCUUUGGACCUCUCACCCAACUACCCUCCCGCUUUCAGCAGCGUACACAUCAUAUUUCCUCUCUUACAUCCCACUAGGCACAGCACCGCUAAUCUUCGCUUGGCUAUCGGAUCUCAUCCCGCAGGACCCCGAGAGCCGAGCGCUGAUUGUGGGUGUGAGUGUGGCAGGGUAUUAUGCGAUUUCGGCGUGGUCGCAGGUUCUUGUGUGGCCGGCUGCGCAGGCGCCGGUUUAUAGGGUGGGUUGGGAGAGUGCGGCGGGAUUGGUGGGGGUUGUGGUUAUUAUGACGGGGGUUUUGAGGUGGGUUGAUGGGAGGUAUUUGGAGGGAAGGAGAGUGGCGUUUAGGAUUUGUCGCAAUAUAGUGAAGCACUGUAUUAGUGAUAAUAAGAGGGAUGAAUAG